AUGGAAACUAUUUCUAAUGCUAAAGAUGAAUUAAUAAUUUCUAAUGGUAUUUCACAAAUAGAUUUGCAAAAAAUUCUUAAAUUAAGGCAAGAAAAAAAUCAAAGAACUCCUAAAUGUGCUAGAUGUAGAAAUCAUGGAGCUGUUUCUGUUCUUAAAGCACAUAAAAGAUUUUGCCCAUACAAAGAUUGUCAAUGUGAAAAAUGUAUGUUGAUUGCUGAUAGGCAAAGAAUUAUGGCUGCACAGGUUGCCUUAAGAAGACAACAAAGUCAGGAAGAACAAGAAGCACGAGAAUUAGGUGUCCUUCUUACAUUAGCAAAUUCAAAUGAUCUUAUAAGACAAGUUAGAAAACGGUCAUCAUCUCCGAUACCAAUAGAAUCAGGUGGUGGAAAAAUAACUCGCCUUAUAUCACCAUCCUCUUCACCAACAUCAUUAUCAAUACCAACAUCUACAACACUUCAAAACGUAACUAAUAACAAUUCUUUUGACGUGAAAAGUAUUUCUACAUCUGGGAUUGGUGGAAAAGAGGAAAAGAAACAAUCACCAAAUAAUCAUCUUCAAGGAUUCUCAUCAAAUGGUACCUCACUUAAUCAACAAUCAUUUACUACAGAAAUGUUAAAUAAUGGAACAUCAAUAACUCCACCAAUGAUAAAUGGAAAUGGAGUUGGGGGAAUGAUACAAAAUAAUCAAAUACCAUUUUUUAAUACAUCACAUAACAUUAUACAUCAAGGAAAUUUUAAUUCAGCAGUAUAUGGAAGAACACCAUUAAUGUCAAAUAGUUUAUUUCCACCUGUAACACAAGCAUUUCCAUUUAUUAGAAAUUCAACUACUUCAUUUCCCAUUUCAUUACCUCAAAAUUCACCCUUCCAAUGUUUUACAUCAAAUCCAUUAUGGAAUCUUUCACCAACAGUAACAGGAAAUCAAAAUUUUAUGAUCUCUCUUCUUUCAGGAAAACAGGGAAUAGAUAAUAUGAAGGCAAUGGGAAAUGUUUUGUCAUUUGAUAAAGAAAAAUUGAGUCACGAUGAGGCUGAUGAUGUAAUUGUUAAAGAAGAUAAUGAAGAUAAAAAUUAA